AUGCUCCGCAACGCACUCGCAGCGGCUGCUCGCCCCGUCACUCAGGCGAGGACUGCCACCACACUCUCUGCUGGCUUCCCCAAGGUUACACAGAGGCUGCCUACUAAGUACGGUGGCGUGUACACCGUCACCCUCAUUCCAGGAGAUGGUAUUGGUAACGAGAUUACCGACUCCGUAAAGGAGAUUUUUGAGUAUGUAAAUGCCCCCAUCGAAUGGGAACAAUACAAUGUGUCCGGUAUCCUUUUCACACCCAUCUCACAAUCUGGCCACGUAUCAUGGAAUGUUGCCAUGCGCCAGCAGCUCGACAUUUAUGCCUCUGUUGUUCUUUGCAAGUCACUUCCAGGAUUCCCUACACGCCACGACAACGUCGACUUCGCCAUCAUUCGUGAAAACACGGAGGGAGAGUACUCCGGUCUCGAACAUCAAAGUUACCCAGGUGUUGUCGAGAGCUUGAAAGUCUCGACACGCGCCAAGGCGGAACGCAUAUCGCGCUUUGCAUUCGACUUUGCCUUGAAGAAUGGUCGUAAGAAAGUCACGUGUGUGCACAAGGCAAAUAUCAUGAAGCUUGGUGACGGUCUAUUCCUCAAUACCUUCCGCCGUGUCGCGGAGGAGUACAAAGGUACCGGUAUCGAGUUCAAUGAUAUGAUUGUUGACAACACGUCGAUGCAACUGGUCGCAAGACCGACCCAGUUCGACGUCAUGGUCAUGCCCAAUCUAUAUGGUGCAAUUGUCUCAAAUAUCGGUGCCGCUCUGGUUGGUGGUCCGGGUAUUGUACCCGGCUGCAAUGUCGGCCGCGACUAUGCGCUAUUUGAGCCCGGAUGCCGUCACGUUGCCAAAGACAUUAUGGGCACAAAUCGUGCUAACCCUGCAGCUAUGAUUCUGAGCGCAACCAUGAUGCUCAGGCAUCUGGGUCUCGACGGUCUUGCUAACAACAUUGCUAGCGCGACUUUCGACGUGAUUAAUGCGGCCAACGUUCGCACGGCCGACAUGGGUGGCUCUGCAACGACCUCCGAGUUUACCGCCGCUGUCAUCAAAAACCUUGCCUAA